CUCCAGUAAACCGAGAGGAGAAGAAGAAGGAGAACCGGUAAGCGCGAAUCCCAACAGCCAUCAACGGGUCUGGAGCGGGUCCUCUCCAUGUUUUCAUCUGUGUCGUGUCAACAAGGUUGAAGAAGAUGUCGAAGAGGAAGAGCAGCUCUGUCCCUGAAAAUGUCAACAAACGCGUCCGACCUGCGCACGAAGAAGAGGAGGAGGAGGAAGAAGAAGAAGAAGAAGAGACUGAUGAAAAUGUUGUUGAUGACCAUGAUGAUCCUCUACUGAAGCACGUGCCAGGUGCAGCGGAGGUGGUGAGUGAUGCAGGGAUCGUGGAGAGCAUCACGCUGAAGAACUUCAUGUGCCACUCGCUCCUCGGCCCGUUCACAUUCGGUUCCAAUGUCAACUUUGUCGUCGGCAACAAUGGAAGUGGAAAAAGUGCCGUCCUGACUGCUCUCAUAGUUGCUCUAGGUGGGAAUGCACAGGCCACAAACAGAGGAUCAUCCCUCAAAGGUUUUGUGAAAGAGGGAGAAAGCUCAGCCGAUGUAUCAAUUACCCUACGUAACAAAGGAAGGGAUGCUUACAAACCUGAGGUGUAUGGUCCAGCCAUCACUGUAGACCUCAAAAUAACACGAGAGGGGAUGAGAACCUAUAAACUGAGGAGCAAGUCAGGUCAACUUGUCUCAUCCAAGAAGGAAGAGCUCAUGUCCAUCCUGGAUAAUUUCAAUAUUCAGGUCAACAAUCCUGUGUCAGUUCUCACCCAAGAGAUGAGCAAAUACUUCCUACACUCGAAAGGAGAGGGAGACAAGUAUCGGUUUUUUAUGAAAGCUACACAGCUGGAGCAGAUGAGAGAAGACUUUGUCUACAUCAAAACCACCAAGCAUGUCACAGAGGAUAAAGUGGAGCAACAAAACGAAUGCUUAAAAGACCUGAAGCAGAAAUACAGAGAGAAAGAGGAUCGUUACAAGAGUCUGUCAUCCCUCGACGAAAUGCACACUAAACUAGAGGAGUUACAGAAGCAGAUGGCGUGGGCCUUGGUGAUCGAGAUGGAGAAGGAGUUGGAGCCGAUGAAGGAGAAGCUACGGACAGACAGACACUCCACAGAGAAAUAUGAUGAGAAAGUUGAAGAAUGGAAGCACAAGAUUGAGGAGGCUGAGAAGAAGUACAAGCAGAUCCAGGAGCAGUUAGAGGGAAUCACCCAGCAAGUCCAGGAGCUUCAGCCCAAAUGUGCUGACCUUAAGAGUGAGGCCCAGAAACGUAACACGCUUCUCAAGUCCAGCGAGGUCCCUGUCAACACAUGCAAGACUAACCUGAGGGACUUGGAAAAGGACAAGGUUCAGUUGUCCUCGAGGAUAAGUGAUCUGAAGCUGAGCAUCAGUCAAACAUCGGGAGCAGAGAGUCAGGCCAGGAUGGAGCACAUGGAGAAGAUCCAGUCAGAACUGGAGAACCAUAGACACCAGAUUUCCACUCUGGGCCAGCAAAUUGACCAGUAUCAGAAUGCCUGCAGCCGUGCCAAGGAAGAACAAUCAAAGAUGAGGAGAGAACACGACGUGCUCCAGAGGUCCAUUGAAGGCAACAGGCGUAACUCGCAGACUCUGGAAAGCAGCCGCUCCAAUCGGCUGCAGCGUUUUGGAGAGCAGAUGCCUGCACUCCUUAAUGCCAUCCAGGACGCCCACAAUAGGGGCCAGUUCAAGCACAAACCCAGAGGACCUCUUGGUUACCUCAUUAGCCUGAAAGACCCAGAGCUGGCCCUGGCUGUAGAAGUGUGUCUUAAAGGGCAGAUGCUGGCCUUCACCUGUGACAAUUAUGCAGAUGAGAAGGUGCUGCAGGACAUCAUGGCCAAAGUAUGCCAGAGAGGCCGCAGACCUGCCAUCGUUACCAGCCAAUUCCUCCCACAUGUCCAUGAUACAAGGUCCAGGGCUGUGAAUCACUCUGAAUACCCGUCCGUGCUCCAAGCUCUAGAGAUCGAGGACCCAGUUGUGGCCAACUGCCUGAUUGAUCAAUCAGGAAUAGAAAGCAUUCUGCUCAUCAAGAAUCGCACGGAGGCUCGUAGAGUGAUGCAGGGCAAAAACCCUCCGCGCAACUGUAACACGGCCUUCUCUAAGGAAGGAGAUCAGAUCUACAACAACCGUAGCUACACUGCAGAGCAGACCAGAGCCAACCGCCUCUCAGGAGAUGUUGAGGAUGAGAUCAGGCACUUGCAGAGAGAGAUGGAGAACCAAAGAGCUCUAGCAACUCGCAUCCAGCAACAAAUGAGAAACUUAGAUGAUGACAUCAAACAGAAUGAAGGGUUGCUGAAAAGAGCUCAAGCAGACCAGAAGAUGACUAAAGUUAAGGCCACGAAACUAGAGCUGGAGCUGACGGACCUACAGAACAUGGAGGAGCCUCAGUCAGAGGACCUAAACCCUCUGGAGGAGGAGCUUCAGGAGAUCGUUGCCAAGAUCUCGAGCAAGCGUGAAGAGUACGACCAGGCCCGAACUCAGAUGACUGACCUCAGGGCGUCCUACGAGAAGGCAGAGCAGGAGUACAAGCAGCACAAAGACAAGAUCAACAACAUCGCAGAGGACGCCGACCCGAUCAAGGAUGAGCUGAAUAAGGCUGAUCACGAGGUGAUGAAGUGCAAGCACCACAAGAAACAUUACGACGAGAAGCGCAGCACCCACCUCCGCACCAUCCAGACCCUCGAAGCCAACCUGCAAAGCAAGGAGCAGGAAGUUCAGGCAUCUGUAGCCAAGGCUUCAGAGAUCUGUCCAGAGCGUUUGGAAGUGCGUCGGACAGCCAGGAGUCUGGAUAGUGAGAUCAACCGCCUUAAAGUUAAGAUCUCCACCCAGCAGGAACAACAAGGAGACCGCGAGGAGGUUGUGCGACAGUACCAUGAGGCUCUGGAGAACUACAAGAACCUCACACAGCAAAUGAAGAACCUCAACAGCUUCAUCAAAAGCCUCGACAGCGUCAUGAACCACAGGCUCCAGGUUUACAAUGAGCUUAGGAGGUUCCUCUCAGCCCGAUGUAAAUACUACUUUGACAGCAUGCUGGGCCAGAGAGGAUACACUGGAAGCAUGAGCUUUGACCACAAGAACGAAACCCUCUCCAUCUCGGUGCAGCCCGGCCAGGGAAACAAGGCGGACCUGCGAGACAUGCGCUCUCUGUCGGGAGGCGAGCGCUCCUUCUCCACUGUUUGCUUCGUGCUCUCUCUUUGGGCCAUCACAGAGGCGCCUUUCCGCUGCCUCGACGAGUUCGAUGUUUACAUGGACAUGGUGAACAGGAGGAUAUCAAUGGACAUGAUGCUGAAGGUGGCGAGUGGUCAGCGAUACAGACAGUUCAUAUUCCUCACUCCACAGAGCAUGGGUACUCUUCCUGUGAGCAAAAUCAUCCGCAUCCUGCGAAUGAAAGACCCAGACCGUGGCCAAAACAAUGAACCAGCGGAUCAAGCCGCGGACCAGUAGUGUUCCUGGCUCAGUGUAAAAUAAGAUCGGCUUCCGAGAUCCUCCAUGAGCCUGACAGUUGUGCAUUGAUUCCAGUUUUCAGGGAACAGUUCUUAGUAAGUUCAGCCACAUGUUCUUUAUUCAUCAAAGAUGGCUUCAGUUUUUAGGUUUAGGUUUGUAAAUAUUCAAGAGUAAUUGUCUCAAGUUGUAUUUCUGAAUUAGUGUAUUCAGUGUAUUGCACAAAAACAGCAACUUAUGUUUAGGGGUUUGCAGGGGGGGGGGGGCAUUUUAAUAUCCUUUGUUAGAAUAACUUAAAUGGCUUGAAACAUUUUCAGGUUUUCAUCCUGUUAUUGAUUAAAGCAAACAUGUCAAUAGACCCA